AUGAAACUGGAUUCGGACACUCACGUUCAAGAGUCGAUCCAACAUGGAUCUGAUGAGAGGCGAGCUCUUUUGACAGAAUUAGCGUCUGCUCUCAAAGUCCACGCCGUGCCCGCGUCCUUCUGGGCGUGCCUUCAGAUGUCAGAUCUUUCAGCCCUGAAAUCCUUUGUCCAACAAGCGAAAGUGUCCUAUCAACAAGCAUUGCUCCUCUGGAAUAGCUUCGACCUCAUCCCACGACUCUGGAUGCUGAGAGUUUUUUGUCUGUCCGACACUAGAGAAGCUGUAGAACGUGACAAAAGGCAAUGUGUUUUGACCGGCUUCGCCCCCGCCUUCGCCUACGAAAUCUUUCCCGAUGCACUGAAGAUAGACUCGCUCCCCGAGUUCUGGGAGCUACUGCCGGUCCUUUUUGACCGGGAGACGGUGUGCAAGUGGAAAGAGGCAGCGUUUCCAGAUCCGGCCAACCCAACCACUUGCAUCCCCCAGCAUCUGAUUUCUCUAAGCCCCAACCUUUACCAUAUUUGGUCCAAGGGGCUCUGCGCAUUCAAGCCGAUCUCGGUCUCCGCUGAUCAGAAAGAGCUCGAAAUUGAAUUUCACUGGCUUCCUCGUGAAGCACAUGGUCCGCUUGAUGAUGUCAACCUUGACCAAACUCCGCUCUCAUCGGCAGGACUGGAAGGUGUUGACGGAGCAUACCUUCACGCAUUCAAGGGGCCGCUCAUCAAAACCGGCGACAGAUUCCUUCUGACUACCGAAAACCCCGAGACGCACCCGCUUCCAAGCUUUCCGCUUCUCGAGAUGUCUUUCAAGCUGAGCUGGAUCGUCUCACUAUCGGCGGUGAAGGAACCUAGCUGGGGCCAAGAGGAUGUUGACUCACACCCACUAGAGGAGGAUAUUGAUUCACUCCUCGCAGAAGAACGCCGGUUGGGGAAUAUAUACGGCGACGAUGAUGAGGACUAUGAUUUCUUCUUUUUUACUAAUCCAGCUGGAGAAACGGUUCCCGAGGUAUCCGCGUCCACUGCUAGGACUCAGAACACACCCUUAGGAACCAGGCAGAUGUCCAGUUUUCUGGGUCUUUUUGAUUACUCGAUAACUUUCUCAUCUUCUUAA